UGUUAAAAGCAUUGUUUGAUUAAUCUUGUCAUACUUUUUACUUUUAGGUUGGUGUUUGGAAUGCUGUAUCCUGCAUAUUAUUCAUACAAAGCUGUGAAAACAAAAAACGUGAAAGAAUAUGUUCGAUGGAUGAUGUACUGGAUUGUUUUUGCUCUCUACACUGUGAUUGAAACAGUAGCAGAUCAAACAGUUGCUUGGUUCCCCCUGUACUAUGAACUUAAGAUUGCUUUUGUCAUAUGGCUGCUCUCCCCCUAUACCAAAGGAGCAAGUUUAAUAUAUAGAAAGUUCCUUCAUCCACUUCUUUCUUCAAAGGAAAGGGAGAUUGAUGAUUAUAUUGUACAAGCAAAGGAACGAGGCUAUGAGACGAUGGUGAACUUUGGGCGGCAAGGUUUAAACUUGGCAGCUACUGCUGCUGUUACUGCAGCAGUGAAGAGCCAAGGGGCAAUCACCGAGCGGUUGCGGAGUUUCAGCAUGCACGACCUGACAGCCAUCCAAGGGGAUGAGCAGGGGGCACAGAGGCCGUACCCGCCUCUACCAGAAACGAAAAAGAGAAGCAAGCCGGCCUCCGGUGAGGCAGCAGGUUAUGGAAUCCCGCUCAGAGAUGGGGAUGAGAAGACAGAUGAAGAAGCGGACGGGCCAUAUUCAGACGACGAGAUGGUAACACACAAAGGGCUUCGAAGAUCACAAAGCAUGAAGUCUGUGAAAAGCGUGAAGGCCCGCAAAGAGGCACGGUAUGGGUCGCUGAAGUAUAGAGUAAAGAAGAGACCACAGGUGUAUUUUUAGCCAUGUGUGCUUCAAGUAUCCCAAGACAAAUUAUGCUAACGCAUCAACUUUUUUUCCUAACCAUUAUAUUCAGGAUUUACACAUUAAAAUAAUGCAAUAAAUUGUGGCAGUGAUAGGGUUUACUUUCAUCAACUUAAAUACUUUUUAUUUCUUUAACAAUUACGUUCAAAUCUUGACUACUAAAGGUAGCUAUGCAAAAUAUAUAUAUCAGAAAUAAUAGAAAAUUGUGUUAACUAUUUUCAAAUUCAUGAACAACAUUGAGUGCCUGGGAUAUCAGAGGAAACACAAACCCACAGUAUACUUGAAAAGAGUCUUUUUAUGGUUCAAGAUACACCAGCCUUUGUGGUGUUGUAUUGUUUACCUCCAUUUAUGUUGCAGCUGUCACAUGAGGAAAGUCAUUAAAUAGGCCUCUGAUCCAGCAGUGACAGCACAGGGGCAUGAUGUGAGAUAAAGUAUGUUUUAUAUAUUCUUAAAUUUUUACUUUUUUAAUCCUUUAUGGUUUUCCCACCAUCAACUGAAAGUUUUCAAAACAAAUAUUUGAAAACCAGGUAUUCACAUAGCACUUUUAUUCCUGACUAGUUUUGCACACUUGAAAAUUGUUUACUUAUUUUAUGACUGUACAUUUUAAGUUUUGCUGACACUGUCUUUAUUAUUUGUCAUAUUCUGACAUGUAAGAUUUAUGCCUUGAGUUACAUCAUCUCCUUUCCUGUGGGUUUUGUUUGUUAAAUUUGCUGGUUUUAAUAGUAUAAAUAUAGCUAAUUUUUUUAGCUAUUUUUAAUUAUCUCCUUACAGAUAAAUUAUUUUGGUCAUUAACCAUUCUUCUAUACUUAGCUAUACAUUGUAGUUGAACUCAGCAUGUUUUUUAUUAACAUUGGUUACAUUCUCAGAUUUUAAAAGUGGUAGCUUCUAUAAAAUAGAGUCUGAGACCAGUGUAGCACUUAGGUUUCUUCUAAUUAAUGAAAAUAUCUAACAGCCAAUCCAUUCACAAGCUUGGCACUUAUGUGUGCUUCUGAUUAAUAAAUCUGGCAUUAGCUAGAAUCACUUGAAUCACUUCUUUUCUGGAUGAGAUAAUUUCCUGAAGAUAGUUGCCAAUGCAAAAUACAGAUGUCGUUAAUCUCACAUAUUAGAAGCUAUUAGAAGAGAUACUAGAACAAUGUCAUUUUUCUUAAUCCAAGCUAUUUUUGAGUCACUGGGCUAUGAGGGAUUUUUAGGUUGCAUUAUGAACUCCCAAGUCAAUAGAUUUCUGGUGAUGGUUUUAGUGAUCAGUAAUGAAAUUUGUACAAUUAUACUUGUUCAGGUAACUUACUUGACAAUUCUACUUGUUUGUCCAAAAGAAAAAACAAAGAGAGAGAUUUGUUAAGAUCUUCGACCUUACUACCUUUUAAGAAAUGAAGCCAGGUGCCAGUGUGUAUUCAGAACCUCUUCAGAGUGUUGGCAAAGAGCAGAAUGUUUACUCAGGAUUACCUUAGUAUAAUUCAGACACUUCUCUUGACACAGGUCUUAAAAUAUUUUCUAGAUUAUCUCACAUUCUUGAUAUUUAAUGACAAAUAAAAAUUCAUUCAACUUCUUUUCUCCCAAAGUUUAUUUCUAUGAGUAUUUUCACCUACUUUACCUUGACUAAUUAAUUUUUAGCCUCUUAAUUUCUGGAAAGACUCUUUAAUUUGUGUUCAAAAUUCCUAUGAAUUCUGGUGAUAAACUCUUGGAAGAGAGUUUUAUUUAUAUUGCAUAAUCCUAGACUUAUCAAUAUAAACGCUACACCUUGCUUUCUUUCUUGUCAAAUUACCUGGCAAGAUCAUGUAAGUGACUUUGUAUCAAAAACAUUGCCUAUGGGGUCUGAUUUGCACCAUUUUAUCAUUUUCAAGUCCAAUUCCAUUAUUAUACCUAUUCUCUAAUCAUAGUAAGCUCAUACUUUUCUCAAUUGGAGGAAUUACGCAGCCCUCUGCACUUCUAGAAUCAAAACAUUUAAUCAAAGACAACACCAUUUUCAAAGAGGUAAUGCAAGUCCUUCUGUUUAAUCGUAUCUGUCCACACAGUGCUUCCUCCGAUACAUUUCUGCUGGUUACCUCCUUAAAUACGGUGAUAUUAUUUUGCUAUUCUGUCAUUUCCUUCUUCCUCUCCUUUUCUUACAUUUCUUAAAUUUUGCUUCUUUUAUGUAUGGUAGCAUGCCCUUUCCUUUGAAUUUUGUGUGAUAAGGUUAUACAUUUUAGUUUCUUUUAAGGUAGAGCAGGUCAUGUUUUGUUUCUCUGCUUUUAAGUUUCCUGCUUCUAGAAGAGGUAAAUUUAUCCCCAGACCACAGUGCCUUGCUUUCCCACCACCACCACUUGGUGAAUGGGCAUCAGAUGCUGCACAAGCCUAUUUAAGCUACUAUUUUGAUAGCUGUUAAAGUUUAUCCAGAAAUUGUAGCCAUUUUAUCAUAUAUACAUUCAACUUGUUCAUUAAUAUCAACUAUUUCCAGAGUUUGGGAGUAAGAAUUGAUCUAUCCUUUAGUUUAUUUUUUCUGGUAUAAAAAAUGAGCCAGAAAUAAGCCUAAUUGCUAAGUAAUUAAUUACGUAAACCUGCCUGGGUCCUGCAUCAGAUUUCCUCCAUACACUUCACUAUGUGUACGUGGAUUUGGCUAGAAAAUGAUACUGCCAGCAUGACUAAUUACGAAUACUUGACUACAUAGAUUGAUGGAACAAAAUUAUUAAAGUAUUUUCAGGGAACUUAAUCCAUAUAUCACCACCAAAGAUUUCUACAGUGUUAUAAAGUAUGUAAAUAUUCUAAAAUUUCUGUAAGACAUUGGUUAAGCAAAUAUAUUUACUUUACUUUUUUUUUUUCUUUUUCGUUUGGAAUAACACAGUUUAUGCUUCUGGAAUGCUUGAACUUUUGUGUUAUCAAAAACAAUACAAUAGUAUCUUAUCUUUAAUAUCAAUAAUUUGUAUGUUUAAUCGUAAUGGACUAAAUUUUUUAUUUUAUCAGGAGUAUUAGGAGUUAAUAUGUAUUAGAAAGCAAUUUCCUGUUUUCUCCUAUGUGGGCUGAUUGACUUGCAAGACUAGUAGUUAAAUUUUGAGAUCAUUGUUAGUGUGGUGCUCAGUGUAUAUUUCUUAAUAAACAGCAUUUAAGAGUAAAGUUUUCUGAAAGGAAAAUACAGCUUUUUUUCUCUAAAUAUUUUUAAGAUAUAAUCUUCCAAGGCAUCCUGCAGAUUUAAUGUGUAUUAAUUCUUUAAAUGUUGACCAUGAAUUAACAUUUUUCCUUCUAAAACCUUUUAAAUCUAUGUACUUUAAUAGUUAAGAAAAAGCAGUUUUGCGAACUCUUUGUAAAGUCUAUCUUUAGGCCUAAUAUAGGGGUAAUUUUACAGUUGUGUUUUUGAAAACUUUAAUAUAAAAUAAACUCAUUUUAUUAGUGA